CCCAAGGCCCGCGCAAGCCCUGGCCAGGCGGCGGGCGCGCGGGGCGCCGACAGGAACAUUGCGGCGCGCUGCGCCUUGGCUUUUGUCGCCGCCGCACGGCCCGGCGCCUUAUGGGCGCAGGGCACUCGCGCCGGGCCUUGCAGGAAGCUAGCGGAACGCAUGCGGGAAAAAAUUUUCGCCGUGUGCGUGGUGGUAGAGGAGUCGCGGCGGAAAGGCGCGCAGCCGCCAAGCACGGCAGAGAGAAAAAGCGGAGGCGUACUUCCUGAAGGCGAUCACGAGCAUCCACCUGCAGGGGGGCGACGCCGCGAGGCCGUAGUCGCACGCGCCCCAGCUGCUUCAAACGCGGGACGCGUGCAGGUGUUCAGAAGUGCCUCACCAAUGGCAACGGCACGGACGGGGGCGCCAGGGCUA